AUGUUGCGUCAGGUUUCGUCGAGUUUUGAGUGUCCCAAAAUCGAAUCGUCCACGCCGUCGCACACCACCGACCAAGACAGCAGUCGUGACGAGGGCCACUUCCGAGAAGACGACGGCGUCGAGCUCAGUGACGACCACAGCGACGACUUCUCCGACGACGGUGACGACAUCCACGCCGAAACCCGCUUCCCGUCAUCAGUCCACGAACAACGGCGACGUUCUUCGGCGCCGAUGAUCGGGAUCGGCGGGAUUCAUCGAGGUGUCGAUCACGAUGAUGAUGAUGAUGAUGCGAUUGAUGUCGAUGAUGAUGAUGAUGAUGAAGUUGACGUCGUGCCGGACAUGUACGUGGACGUGGAGAGCUGCGAAUAUAACGCGUAUUCGGGUGACGAUGACGAAGUGCGGUUGUUUGUGCGUCGGAGUCAACCGACACUCGAGGCACCGACACCGACACUGUUCUCCAGGCUUCGACGCGUUUUCCCCAUGUUCGGAUACAGUCGUCGUCGACGUCGCUGA